GCAGUCAGUCCUGUGCGGUUAAGUUUACGGUUUACGAAGUAACGGUUUGAACUAAGAAUACGCGAAUACGAUAAAUGCCAACGAGGACAUUUAUAUGCUAGUAACGAGCAAAGCGUAGCUAGCAUUUACGAUUGCGGAGCGAAGUGUAAUAAUUUUAUUACAUCCUACUGCCGUUGGGAUGAUUGUGCGGUCGCUUGAUGUAAAAACAUAAAUCUUCAUUCAACGAAGCAAGAAAAUGCGGAUAAAAGCGUAUUCUCAAAAGUUUUCGUAAUGUGAAAUUUCUCUGUCGUACGCUUGUGGCAUCCGAAAUUACCUUUGCCCAACAUGUUUGUGUGUGAAUUGUGAAGGAGUGCAAAAGUAUAUGCUUAGUGCAUGUGAGUAAAUAGUACUUGUUUACCUGCAACAAUACGCUGCCAAGUCUGGGCUUAUUCACUUAGCCGUUAAAAAUGUGCCGGCCCCGACAGAUUGAAACGUAUAAAUUAUGAAUGAAUAUAGUGAAAUCAAAAACAACAAUAAAUUUAACAAAAACAACAAAAAUACGGCUCGUAAAGUUAAGUGCGUGACAACAAAUAAUUUGUUAUUGCUUUGUAGUAAUGGCGGCGGCUCCGGCUAAGCCGACUCCAGCGGAGAUAGCGUUGACGUUAACGCUGACGACGGUCGUUCCAAUUGCGGUUGAUGCGCGUACGUCGUGCACGUCGUUGGCAUUGUUGAUGGCGUCUGUGGCGGCAGCGAUAGCGGCUUAAAACCGCACAACUAACACUUACACCGUACGAACAGUUAGUCUGUCAGUCAGUCAGCUAGCUAGCUAGCUAACUUAACCAGCAGUAAACUACCAACAAAGCGUCUAACUGUCCCAGCUAACUAUCGAAGUGCCCGCGUAUGCGGUUAUCGUGCGCGCUCGUUUAUGAAUUGUUGCUUCGAAUUGCUGAUUGUAGUCGCUUUAUGUACGUGAUUGUGCCAUUGUAAGUGGCUGUGUGUGUGUGAGUUAACGUGUUUAGUUAACAGCAAGUGCGUGCCACAGUUUUAGUAUUCGCCAUUUACAUACGUACAUACGUUGGUUGGCACGAUUUUAACGGUGCGAGUAGCACACGGAAACGGUUUAUUGAGCGUCGGUGUUGUACGGCUUUUUUUUACGUGUGUGUGUUGUGCGCCAGCAAUUAGUACAAAGGAUUCAGCGUUAAAUUUUCAAUUGUCCCAAAUACUUAUUUCUUUCGUACUUCCAAACUAACAAAUAGAAGUCGUAAUUAAAUCACAAUAAUCACAAUGAGUGUUAAAAGGAGAAAGUACUUUUGAAAAAACGAAAAUAUUUAAAAAAUCAAACGAAACAGCGAGUAAGGCCAAAGUGCACUGAGAGCAGAACUAUUCAACCGAAAAGUUGGUAGUUUCUUUUUGGAAAACUUAAAUCACACACAUGUUCCAAUGUAGUUAGCAAAAUAUGAAGCAGAAAUAAAAUCAAAUACUAGUGUUAAAACGAAAAUAAACGAAACGCCAUCACAUAAACCAAACUCUGCUUUAGUACGAUUUUCAAGCGUAUAGUCACACGAAAGGGGAAGACAAUUUCGAAAAAUAGACCGAAAAAACAGCCAAUUUUUUUAAUGUUUGCCUGCGAAACAGAUUUUUGUAUACGUUUAAUCCCGAGCUCAACUACACUCAUGGCCAAAGUAAGAGCAUUCAGCCUAACCGAUACUGUUGUACGACGCAGCAACGCUGCCAUCAGCAAGUCCUUAGGCGCACUGGCGGCUAUCUCAUUCAAAUGGAUUCUCCUAUGUUCCUGCUUCACAGUUUUCGAUAGCAGCCACUGUUUGUCCAUGACGGAAGUGCGUAUACCGAAACACAUCAUGCGGCACGAGGACGCUGUGCUGGGCUGCAAAUACGAUUUGGAUGGCGAAUCACUGUAUUCGGUGAAGUGGUAUAAGGAUGGUUUUGAAUUUUAUCGCUAUGUACCGCGGGAUAUGCCGCCCGGGCAAGUGUUUCCACUGCCGGGUGUUGAUGUCGAUUUGCUCAACUCGACGGAUAAUGUUGUGGUUCUGCGACGCGUCACUUUACAGUCAACUGGACGUUAUCGCUGCGAAGUUUCCGGCGAAGCUCCUUCCUUCCAAACAGUUUCCGGUCAUGAGGACAUGAUUGUUGUGGUUACACCAAAGCACGGACCGCAAAUCACCGGCGGCCAGCCGCGUUACCAAAUUGAUGACAUUGUGCGCGUGAAUUGUACAUCGGCGCCGUCCAAGCCGGUGUGUCAUCUCAGUUGGUUAAUUAAUGGUGUACAUGCGAACCGGACAUUCCUGCGGCCAUACGAUCCCAUAAUUGUCGGACGUGAGGGCUUGGAGGUGGCACGACUGGGUUUGGAAUUUCGUGUGCGCAAAAAAUUCUUCAAACAUGGCGACAUGAAAUUGAAAUGUGUGGCAAAAAUAUCAUCGGUCUAUUGGCAGAGCAAUGAGGAGAGCGUGGCAAAUGAGAAGCACCAGAAGAUACCCGUACUGGAGUCUCGCGAAACCGUGGUGGCAAAGUCACGAUUGCGUGAUAAGGCAUUAGAAGAUAAUCAACUUAAAGAUGCCGGCACAUCAUCAGCAGCCACAUCAUCAGCGGCAGCAGCAUUCUUGCCAUUAGCGGCACGUAAUUCGAUACUUUUGCAUAUCACACCCACACUACUGCUGCUCGCGCUGCCCGACUUAGCAGCCAUGCUGCCACUAUUAAUAGCAUUUCUGUGUCAAUAUUGGCAAUUUAAUAUUUAUGUGCGCCAGCAAGGCUAUCGAUUGCCGGCAUGGCACGGCAGCGGCUGCUGCAGCUACUGGCGUUGGUCGUACAGCUUUCGAACUGUUGGCAGAUGACAAUUAGCUGUGGCAUAUUAAAUAUGAACGCCGGCAAUGACAAUUGCAAUAGGAGCGGCAGCAGCGGCAGCAGUAGAGUGAUGGCGACGCGGCGAUUGCUCGGUCAUCGUCGUUGAUUAGUAUAAAUUGUUGCAGAUUAAUAGAAUUUUUUUCGUUGUCAAUUAAUUGUUGAUGGGUUCA